UAUGUCAACAGAAAAGCGGAAAUGUUUAAAAAGAAGUGAUAGUACAUAAUUUUUUAUAGAACUCAUUUUAUCGUUCUUUUGCUCGUUUCACUUCGUUAAGCGAAACCGGUUCUUGAUAAAUUAUAUAUCAGCAAUGCUACUAAGGCGCAGUUUACUGUCGGCUUUUCAUCUGAAGCGUCACGUUAUUACACAAGUGUGCAAAGCGCGUAUUGUUCCGAAUCGUGAAUAUUUUGUUCAAAACAUUAUGGCGAACGUUGAAAUUCCAGGUCGCGCACUACAUUAUGUGCUGAAAAUAGGAAAUCGUGGUAAAAAUGCUUUCUUCUUCCGGGAUAUACUUGGCAUGAAGGUGCUUCGUCAUGAAGAAUUUAAAGAAGGCUGUGAAGCGCAAUGCAAUGGACCUUAUGAUAACCGAUGGAGCAAAACUAUGAUUGGGUAUGGUCCGGAGUCAUCACAUUUCGUAAUUGAACUCACCUAUAACUAUGGUGUAAAAAGCUAUGAGUUGGGCAAUGACUUCGGCGGCAUCACUAUUAAAUCGAAGGAAGCGCUUGAACGUGCGCGCUCCCAAAACUAUCCAAUUACAGAGGAAGAGGAUCUACAUGUGCUCACAUCACCAGAUGGCUUUAAAUUCUUUAUAAUUGAAGAGCCACAACCACAGAAUGCUGAUCCUGUGCUAAGUGCCACAUUGCACUCAAGCAAUUUGGCAGCAUCAAAACACUACUGGCAUGAAUUAUUGAAAAUGAACGUAGUUGAGGAAACCUCGAACACAAUCACGCUAUCAUAUGGUGAAAAUCAAGCAUCUUUACGUUUAAAGCAACUUACUGAACCUAUUAAUCGCGCUAAAGCAUAUGGACGUAUUGCGUUCGCAGUGCCAUUAAAUGUUCAACCAGCUAUUGAUGCGAUUAUCCAGGAAGCCAAAGGUACUAUAUUGACGCCAUUGAUUACACUGGACACGCCGGGCAAGGCGACAGUACGUGUUAUCAUCUUAGCUGAUCCGGAUGGGCAUGAAAUAUGCUUUGUGGAUGAGGAAGGCUUCUCCGAACUAUCACAAGUACAAGAGAAGGAUGACCAAAGUCUUACAAAGUAUAUACAAAAGGAUCCUUUCCAAGACAAAGACUAAAUAUGUUAGUUUGCAAUAGAUUGUCUAUUGUGUUAAGUUUAUAAAUAUAUUAUACUCGUUUCUAUUUAAUAUCCAAAUCAUAUGUAAUAAAAUUAUACAUGCAAGUAAUAUAGAGUCUUAAAAAAUA